AUGCAAGUAACCGAGAACAAGUCAGUGGCCAUUAUCGGCGGUACGUAUGUCGCUAUAUGCAGUGUCAAGGGAUCAAUUAACAAGUCCGUCGCCGGGAUUUUCGGCCUCUCGCUGGCUGUCGCGCUGCGAAGCAAAGGCUAUACAGCGACAAUAUGUGAUCGCAACGAAUAUGAUAAGACAGGCUAUGACCCAGAGGGCGAGGAUGCACAAGCUGCAUCAGUGGAUCUAAACAAGAUUGUGAGCCUUAUGAUUUACAAAGAAGUUGGGUAG